AUGUUUAAAAGCCUCUCUCAAAAUCUUGGCUUUGGGGAUUUGGUAGCCGACAAUUCUACUGAAUCAAAAUCGACAUUAUCAUCAUCAACAACAUCAUCUCCAAACAUGCCUAGAAUUGAAAGCACACAACAAAUUACACUCUCACCACUCAUCAAUUCGGAGGAGGAACAUCCCGAUAUUCAAGACGAACAAAUUAUGAAAAAUAGUAAAUUUAAAUCCUAUCGAGAGGAUAUCAUUUCCGUAUUAAAAUCAUUUGAUAAUACUAGGGAAUGGGCUGAUUUGAUCAAGUGUCUUCAAAAGAUGAAAAAAGUCUUGACCAAGAACGCUCAACUUCACAUUCUUCCUGAAAAAAUUACAGUUUGUAAAAGAUUGGCUCAAUGUUUAAAUCCUGCUCUACCUGGAGGAGUUCAUUUGAAAACAUUGGAAACAUAUGAGGAAAUUUUAAAAUUAAUUACUCAAGUAUCAUAUGGAAAUUUAUAUUCUAUUCAGGGAAAACGUUUGGCAAGAGAUAUUCACUUGUAUAGUUCUGGAAUUUUUACACUCUUUCCAAGUGCUUCUUCUCAAAUCAAGGUAUGGAAUUUAAUUUAA